UCAAAUAAGUGAAUCAUCGCAUGAAUUAAACCUAGCGUUAGAAAUUCAAAGAAUAUGUCUCGAAAAAGAUUUUUUGUUCAUUUUUCUAUACACACAUUUCAAAUUAAGCGGUUUUUUUCCCCACCAUCCAUGCAGAUUUCGAUGGAAUUAAAAUAAGCCGGAUUAACCAAUUCAUCCAUCACUUGCAUUCUAACUUCAAACAUUAAUUAUUUCUUUUGCAAUAAUUUUAUUAAUUAAACAGUCAAGUGUACAGAUCGAAGAAAAAAUAAAACCAGGACGUUGGCACCAUAAAAAACGGGUUGCGAAUGCAGUUCGCAGGUAGCGGCUGGACCUGUCGAUUUAUUUAGUGAUAGUUCAGUACCACCAACACUUUCCAGCUUUCUCCGAACGCUGGUGGUAGCCGGCCAAUGAUAGAACUGCCAACAAUCACUUCCAAUUCGUAGCCGAUUAAUCCGGUAUUAGCCCUCACACAACAAAAUUUACACGCAACCACUACAAUACAAUCACAUUAAUUAAGGUCACUGGUAUUCUGUUGUAGAUCACAAGAAGAUGAAGGAAAUCAUCGAGGUGUUGGAACUGCAAAACACCAAGCCACGAAGGAAUGUAUUGGAUUACAAGAAAUUGGAUUUUAAUGGGGGCUUCACGCCGGCUAGAUUCAUAUUUGAAUGCGGCAUCAAAUUGAACGGGCAACCUCUCACAGUUGCAACUGCUGCAGUUCUUAUGCACAGAUUCUUCAAAGAAGUUGACCACAACAAUUAUGACCCAUUUUUAAUUGCAGCCUCCUCGUUAUAUUUAGCCGGCAAAGUGAAGGAGGACCCCCUAAAAAUCCGCGACAUAAUAAACGUGACGCACAACACGCUGCAACGGGGCAGCACCCCGUUGGAGAUCGGCGACGAAUAUUGGAACAUGAGGGACGCGAUCGUGCAGGCCGAACUAUUGAUCAUGCGAGUGCUGAAGUUCGAGGUGUCGAUCAACCAUCCGCACAAGUACAUGCUGCACUAUCUGAAGUCCCUCGAAGGUUGGAUGGGACAAGAGGAGCUGAACGCUCAGCCGAUCGCUAGUGUGGCGGCCGCCUUCCUCCAGGAUUUCCACCACGACGCGGCCAUCCUCGAGUAUUGUCCGCAGCAUCUGGCGAUCGCAUGUAUUUCUCUAGCGAUGCAGUGCUAUGGAGUUCAGAUGCCGUUGAUCGAGGAUGGGGACGAUGAGAGUUGGUAUGCGACAUUCGUCAAGGAUCUGCCCAAGGAGAAGCACUGGGAGAUCAUGGAGAAGAUCAUGGAGGUGUACAACAGGGAGCCAGAGACUGCUUAGCUUAUUUAAAUGAACGAUGUUUGUUAUGUACAAGGGUUCAUAAGUAUUACGAAAUUUACGUUUUUGUAACCAAAAUUUGACUUGUUAUAUAUGACACUGUAUGUGGGCAUUUGCAUUUUCAUACUUAUGAUUGGAUUUUAUUGAAUGACGUUUCAUUUAAAUUUUUACAAAUAUAUAAAAUUGUGAUUGAUAAAAUGUAGAUCGUAUUGUAUUUACAUUUAAGAUGAAGUUCUGUAUAAAUUAAAUGCUAAUUAAUUUGUUUACUAAAUUCUUAAAUUUGUGUCAAAUGUAUUUUUUUUAAGUACUUUUGUGGUAAUUAGUGAUAAGGCAAAGAAUUUAAAUUGUAGUUCAUAUGUAUGAUUUUAUGAAUUUUGAGUACAAUAAAUUUCUGCAGAUCUUCAUUAUAUACCAUAGAUGAUAGUUUGUAAAAUUAUUGUAAUGAAAACUUUUUAUAUUUUUACUGAAAAAUAAAUUUAAUUAAUUAAUGAAACCCA